AUGCCCGGUUGCUUCCUGAAAUUGAAUCACGAGCACUGUCGAUUGGUGGCUAGAAACGCUACUACAAUCGCUUCUGUUACUCAGCUUCCGGUUCUUACCAUUGUUACUUCUUUAUUGUUACUCAGGGCCGACAAACUGAAGGAAACUCGCCCUCUAGACCGAUGCCCGACCGGAUGUAGUUGCGAUGACGUCAGGCGUCACGUGACCUGCAGGAAGCAAGGAUGGGCGGAAGUGCCUCGGAAUUUGGGUCUAGGGUUUGAGUGGGUGGACCUGAGCUGGAACCAGUUGGCGCUCAUCACGCGGGAGAUGCUGGAGAGAGGGGGACUGAGCCAGGUGGUCAGGCUGAACCUCAGUGCCAAUGGCAUCGAAAUGUUUCUCGACUUGAGUCACAACAAUAUGACGUCAUUGAGUCUGAGGUCAUUCGAAGGGUGCGAACUUUUGUUGACCCUUGACCUUUCAUAUAAUUAUCUCAAAUCUGUUGAUGGCGUUCUUGAUGGAUUGAAGGAGUUAUCGAGAUUAAACUUGCAAAACAAUCGUCUGACGCAUCUGACGUCAUCGACCUUCAAAGAUCUUAAAUCGUUAAGAUACCUGGUAUUAGCUAACAACAAAAUACAUGACGUCGAUAAAAGGACAUUUAAAAAUUUGGAUAAGCUCAUUUUCUUGUCCCUACGGAACAACCCCCUAUCUUCCAACCUACCCCGUCUUCAGUUCGCCUCAUCCUCCCUAUCCAACAUUCACCUCUCCAACUGCCAUCUUUCCAAAAUGCCGAAAGGCUUGCCCAACUCGAUAAAAUAUUUGCAGCUGAGUAGGAACGAAGUGAAGAAAUUGGAUGGGUGGAGUUUUGAGGACUAUCCGUUUGUUAACGUCUUGGUACUGGAGAACAAUUACAUCAGGGAAAUCGGACCGACCACAUUCGACCACAUGGUCUACCUGCAGCGCCUGUGGCUAGAGUACAACGAUAUCCACAAAUUUCCACCCAGCCUUCCACCCAGCCUCCAGGUCCUCUCACUGGAAAAUAACUUCAUUGAGAAACUUAGUUUUGAUAGCGACGACGACGAUGGUGAUCAUGGUAAUGAUGGUAAAUUUGGUGGUGAUGAUAAUGAUGGCAGUGAUGAUGAUGAUGAUGAUGAUGAUGAUGAUGAUAAUGAUGGUGAUGAUGAUCAAAGAAAAGUUAAGAAGACUAGCAAAUAUGGCGGCAAAGUUAGUGGGGAUAAAAUGAGGAGCGUUUUUCCAAGCACUAGCGAAUCACGUGAUGAAGAUGAUGUUGACAUUAAUAAUAAUAAUAAUAAUUAUCAUAAUAAUUAUCAUAAUAAAAAUAUUAAUAAUUAUUAUUUGAAUCGUGAUAAUUAUAACCAAAAUUACAACAACAACAACAUCAUUGACGAUGACGGCGACGAUAAUAAUGAAAAUAAUAAAAAUAAACCGCAAAGCAAUGGAAAUUUAAAUUAUGAAUCGAAAUCUACGAUCGUCAACUUCCAAUCCAGAAACAAGUGGAGCCAAAAAUCACAACGUACUGCAAAGAUAUUUAACAUUAAAUCGUUAUUCCUCUCUAAAAACGUCAUCACGACAAUCAGUGUUGACUUCUUUAGAACGUUCUUCCAACUCCGCUAUUUAGACCUAUCCAGUAAUAAACUAACAAAACUGGAAAACUUAAUUUUCAAACAUCUAAACACCUUAAAAUUUUUAGAUUUAUCCGGAAACCCAUUAAUUGUGCUGGAUAGGGACUGUUUUUUGGGAUUAAAAAGUUUAGUGGGAUUGAACCUCGGAAGCAACUAUGAAGUCAGCGUCCUUGUUGACAAUGAAGCAAUGACCAAACUGCCAAAGUUGAAGUCUCUGGUCUUGGAUGGCAGUUUUGCUCUUAUUAAUACAAUGUUAAACUCGGAGAAUUUCAUGAAACAUCUGAAAACUCUGACGACACUGAGCGUCAUCGACAGCAAUCUCAUCCACGCGAAAGUUGACCUCCCCAAACUCUUGCCAAGUCUACGUGCGUUGAAAAUCAGUGGCCUCAACUGGCACUGCGGCCGCGAUUUGUUGUGGCUGUUAGUGGCGCUCAGGAGUGGAAUUGUGGGUCGCAAAUAUGCAGCCACCAACUUGUUAGUUUUGUUUUUCCUUUCUUCAUAA